AUCUAUUUAAUAAUCGCAACUUCCAAACGACCCCUAAGUACCAAACUUCCAACAGUAAUAUGGUCCAUCAAUUCCGCAAAACACAAGGAAUACUAAUUGGGUUUUGAGACCCAUUCUCAAAAGCUCUGUCACAGUGGCCCAACAUAAAGUUUGAUGGGCCUACUCUAAAUCAUUGGCCCACUCAAUCUUCGAUAAAAUGGUUAUUAGUUAAAUACAGACACCCCUGGAAAAAAUUCCCAACUUCGCAAAAUCGCAACACUGUCCCUUUUCUCCCAAAAAACUCGAAAUCCUUCGGUUCCUCUCUGUCGAUCGACCAACCCUAAUAGCCUUCACUCGACGGAGAUGGAUUCAGACGUAGCCAUGAUCCCGGCCGGCGAGGGAGGCUCCAGCGCAGCAGCCGGACCUUCUUCUUCUAGCAAGAAGCCGAAGCGCUUCGAGAUCAAGAAGUGGAAUGCCGUCGCUCUCUGGGCUUGGGAUAUCGUGGUGGAUAACUGCGCGAUUUGCAGGAACCAUAUCAUGGAUCUCUGCAUCGAGUGCCAAGCCAAUCAGGCCAGCGCAACCAGUGAGGAGUGCACUGUCGCUUGGGGUGUCUGUAACCAUGCUUUCCACUUCCACUGCAUCAGCCGCUGGUUGAAAACCCGCCAAGUCUGCCCUCUUGAUAACAGUGAAUGGGAAUUCCAGAAGUAUGGGCACUAGUGGACUCAAUAACUUGAACAUUGGAGCCAGGGGGCGCCGAAUUUCAUAAUGUCUCACGAGCCAUUCCAAGGAGUUUGUAAAUGGGCAUUCGCAGUAAGGAAACACUAAUCAAACACUUGUUCCUUUGGUUUUAGUUAAGCUGGUCGCUAUUAUAGCUGUAUUUUGGGUGGAUGGCAUUUUAGGUCGAGUGUUACUCUUCUAUCCUGUUGAGCAAGUGAUUAAUUGAGAUGUUGGUACAUGCUCUUAUUCCCUAUUUCGCCCUCUCUAUCAGAACCCUUUCUGUUCUGUUAUUUUUAUUCUCUAUAUCUGAAUGGGUAGGCGGAUUUCAUGUUCCAAUUUUGCCGGUGAUACUAGUUGAAAUUUUGUAGUCAACAUAUUAGCAGGUUUGCAAGUAAAAUAUGAAGCAGCUGACUCCAUUGUUGCAAGUAUGGAGUAUGAACCAGCUGUUUCCCAUUGUAAUCCCAAGUCUCAACUAAUCAAUUCAGAAUCAUAUG